AUGGGCCACUUGAUCCCCAUGCUCCACUUGGCCCGCCUCUUCGCCGGCCGCCGCGGCGUCCGCGCCACCGUCGUCGCCCCUUCGACCGCCAUUUCUCUCAUCCAUCCCACCCUCCACCACCCCAUCCAGCUCCUCCCACUCGGGGAACUCGCUCUCAUCACCCACCCUCAGAACAACGCCAUCACGCCCGAAAUGGCCGCUGAGAUCGACCGCCUCGAGGUGCCGUUCCUGCAACUCCUCCGCGACCACUCCACCGACUGCAUCGUCGCCGAUUUGUUCUACCCCUGGGCUUCCUCCGUGGCCGAGGAGCUGGGCAUACCGAGUGUUCUCUUCUCCGGUAGCAGCUGCUUCUCCAGUGUCAUCCUGAAGACCCUCGGCCAACUGGUUGCUCAUCCAAUUAGACACACUAGAAAUGCAAGAAGAGAUGGCAUCCUGGGUUCUGCUCCAGAAUUCUCUGCAAAUUCUCCAAGAUCACCAGAAUUGACCCAAGUGGCUACUCCAUUAAGAGCAGGGCAUACUGAUGAGAGGAAUAAUGCAAACAAGGAUCCAAAUUGGCGUAAUGCAAUGGCUAUAGAAUUUGAUGCACUUCUUCGUAAUGGAACAUGGAACCUAGUUCCACGUACUCCCUCCAUGAAUGUGGUGGGCUCUAAAUGGCCCUUCCUGCUCCCCGGCCUUCCGGACGAGAUCCACCUCGCGCGGCCGCAGCUCCCCGAUUUCGUAACACACCCGAGCGACUUCGCUAAACGUGCAUUAGCCAACGGCGAGAAGAGAUACGGAAUGAUCGUCAACACCUUUGACGAUCUCGAGCGGGACUACAUCGCACAUGCCAAGAAAUCCGAUGGCGGCAGGAUUUGGUGCGUCGGUCCCUUGUCCCUCUCGCAACCGAAGGAAGCGACUUUCAACUUCUCCGACGAGCUCAUGCAAUGGCUAGAUUCCAAGAAACACACCAAUUCGGUCCUCUAUCUCUGUUUCGGCAGCCUCGGCCUACUCGUCGCCGCCCAGCUUCGGGAAAUCGCCCUCGGCCUGCAAGCCUCCGGUGUCGAAUUCAUCUAG